UCUACAAAACAAGAGGUGACAAGAAUAUUUUAUUUUAUCAAAUACUUGAUGAAAUCGCGUAAACAAACAAAAGUUAUCUAGAGAAGGGGGGACGGAGGGAGUAUAUAUAUACGUCUAGAGCAGCUUAAUUUCUUUGUCGAUUGAAGAAGAAUAUGAAAUACGACGGAGACGGCGGCGGCGGCGAGCACCCCGACGGCCGGUCCCGGCAACCGGCGGUGAGCUUUGCCGAGCCGCGGGGAUUCUCGCGCGUUGUGAGGUCGAAACUGAUGGAGACUCUGUUCCCGGACGAUCCGUUCCGGGAAUUGAAGAACCGGCCGGUCUGGCUCAGGGUGAGAAAGGGGGUCCAGUAUUUCGUGCCGGUUUUCCGGUGGCUGCCGGAGUACAGAAUGGAGCUGUUCAAGUACGAUCUCCUUGCCGGAAUCACCAUCGCCAGCCUGGCCAUCCCCCAGGGAAUCAGCUACGCCAAGCUCGCCAACCUCCCUCCCGUCAUCGGACUCUAUUCAAGUUUUGUUCCGCCAUUAAUAUACGCAGUGUUGGGAAGCUCAAAGCACUUGGCGGUGGGUACGGUGGCAGCAUGCUCUUUGAUCAUAGGUGCCACCGUCGGAGACGCCGUCAACCCAGAAAAGAAUCUAGAAUUGUAUCUCAGCCUGGUCUUCACUGCCACCUUUUUCUCCGGUCUACUUCAAAUUACUCUAGGCAUACUCAGGUUGGGAAUAUUGGUGGAUUUUUUGUCACAUUCAACCAUAGUUGGGUUCAUGGGAGGGACGGCAGUGCUGAUAUGCUUGCAGCAGUUGAAGGGAAUGGUUGGGUUGAAGCACUUCACCACCCGAACCGACGUCGUCUCCGUCCUCCGCUCCGUCUUCUCCCAAACACAUCAGUGGAAAUGGGAGAGUAUAGUUGUGGGUACAAUAUUCCUUGCUUUUCUUCAGUUCACAAGAUUUGUGAGUAAAAAGAAAGCGCGUCUGUUUUGGGUAUCGGCCAUAUCGCCGAUGGUGACAGUCAUUGUUGGCGGCCUCUUUGCGUACUUUGCGCAUGCUGAAAAUCACGGCAUCCCAAUUGUUGGGCACCUAGAUAAAGGACUAAACCCUUCUUCAAUUGGAAAAUUAAACUUUGAUCCCAAGUACAUCUCCGCGUCUCUAAAAGCAGGAAUUAUCACAGCAAUGAUAGCUUUGGCAGAAGGAAUUUCAAUCGGAAGAAGUUUUGCCAUCAUGAAAAAUGAGCAAAUCGAUGGCAACAAGGAGAUGAUUGCAUUUGGGAUGAUGAACAUUGUUGGCUCUUUCACUUCUUGCUACUUAACUACAGGUCCAUUCUCCAAAACUGCUGUGAACUUCAAUGCCGGAUGCAAGACGGCAAUGUCAAAUGUAAUAAUGUCGAUUUGCAUGCUAUUCACUCUUUUGUUCUUGGCACAUCUCUUCAGCUACACCCCUCUUGUGGCGCUUUCCGCCAUUAUCAUGUCUGCUAUGUUUGGCCUCAUAGAUUACCACAAGGCCUUUCAUCUUUUCAAGGCCGACAAGUUUGAUUUCUUGAUUUGCAUGGCGGCAUUCUUUGGUGUUGCCUUCAUCAGCAUGGACGUUGGCCUCAUGCUUUCGGUAGGGCUUGCUGUAGGGAGGGCACUUUUGUAUAUAGCAAGGCCAGCGGUGUGCAAGCUUGGGAAUAUACCUGACACAAGAAUCUAUCGAGACGUGGAGCAAUACCCCAAUGCAAUUGGAGCUCAGGGGAUCCUAAUUUUGCAGCUUGGCUCUCCUAUAUAUUUUGCAAAUUGCAAUUACAUCAGAGAAAGGAUUUUGAGAUGGAUAAGAGAUGAAGAUUCUCAAGGGAGAGUCGUUGAAUAUCUACUACUAGAAUUUGGAGGCAUUACAUCAAUAGACAUGACGGGAGUAGAAACAUUACUCGAAAUCAAGAGGAUCUUAGAAGCAAAAGGGGUUAAGAUAAUUUUGAUAAAUCCAAGGAUAGGGGUGAUGGAGAAGUUGAUAUUAACCAAGUGCAUAGAUGUGAUUGGGAGAGAGGCUGUGUUCUUGUCUGUUGAAGAUGCCAUUCAUAGUUGCAUAUUCUCUCUACACAAAUCUGCCAUUGCCCAAACAAAAAGUGAAGAAAUUGAAAUGGUUUGAAUAGACUAAUUACUCCCUCCCCAAUGGCUUGUGCCACAGUUCUUUACAAAAUAAAUCUCUGUUUAUACAAAUAGUGGAGGAACAAAAAUAUGAAGUGCAUAAUUCUUACUUGCUUGGCAUGGGAAAAAAAGAAAAUGGUAUGGAUUAUUUUUUUAUUAGAGGAAAAGAAAUAUAGAUGAAAAGAAAAUGAAAAGAUAAAAGAAUCGAGAAAAGUCAGAAAACAAAUUUUCUUUCUAUUUCGUGAGGAAAAAGAGAUCGUUUUCCUUUUUUUCCUUCCGUCCUCAAAUGUAAUAACUUUAUUUUUUAAGG